AUGGAAGGGGAGCAAAAACAAUUUCUAUCUGAUCUGCCUAAAGGUAACUCAUCGAAUGAUGGAAAUUUAUUUACUGGUUUCGAUUCCAAACACUUGUAUUUAGACUCCUCGCCGUUCUCUGAAACGAAUAUAAAAGUGAAAGAGGAAGAUCCAUUUCUAUUCUAUCCGCUCAAAGACAACUCAUCAGCGGAUGCUGAUUUGUCUCCUGGUUGCAGUUACGAACUCUUGAAUUUAAAACUCUCACCGUUUUUUGAAACGAAUUCAGAGGUGAUUGUGGAAAAGCCUUUUCUGUUCGAUACGCCAAAAGUCAAUUUAUCAGAGGAUGCUAAUUCAAUAACUGAUGCUGAUCCUGGAUACGCAAGUUUUGACUUAACGUCAUUCUUUCAUGGUAAUUCAGAGGUGAAAAAGAGAACACCAUCUCUUUUGGACUUGCUUAGAGCAUACUUGUCACUCCCUCUACCAAAGUCAGAGGUCAAAGAGGAAAAUAUAUUUCUCGAAGGCUUUCCCAGAGAUAACUCAUCAGAUAAUGGCGAUCUUGAAUUUCUCAAUGCGGAAACUGAGUCUCAAUGUUGUUACAAGGGAAAAAAGGAAAAGCUAUCUUUCAUCAACUCAACAAGGGAUGAAGCAAGUUCUGAUGCUUCCUCAGCAAUAAAACCUAACUUAUCAACUAUUACUAACUCAACCACUGAUACACUAACAGAGGAUAAGAAUGUGGAAAGCGAAGCAACAUCCGAAGGUGAGUGA